AUGCGCGUGUCUGGUCUCCUUUCAAUUCUUGCAGCCACUUUGACCACGGCCCAAGACUACACGAUCACCUUUCGAAGCCUGGAAGAGCAGGACCCUGGAUCGUCAUCGUUACCUUCAGACUCCUCGUUCGACUUCGAUGGUACCAACUCAGACAUUGCGCGACAGCUUUACACCCGUCAUCGAUCUGGCGAUACCAGCGCCGCAGUCUCCAUCAAGUCCGUUCCGACUGCAGUGACCGACAGACUCGACUCGUUAAAGAUAGCGUUCACUCAUUUGCCGGGACUGGUUCAGCUUGCGGUUCUAUGGGAUACAGGCUUCGGCAUCUCUCCUAAUGGUGACCCCGUGCAAAUCUGGACCACAGGAGACUUUACCAUGGCAGACAUCGCCGUAUCUCCAGACGAUAUCACUAACGUGAACUGCACGAUGUUAGAAUGCCCUCAACCAAACGAUACGCCAGCUUACUCAAGUCAAUAUUGUUCUGGAACUCAGAUCCUCAACGUUUCUCGAUGCAUAGUCGACACGUUCGAGGACUCUGGAGCGAAAGAUUUCUUAGGAAUAAUGUGGUCUACAGGUGGAGACGCGACUAUGACUCCCCACAUCCGACUGAGAGAUCAUACGUGGACGGAGCCCACGACGGGGGUUUCCUACAGUGUCUACGCUGUUCAUACGGUUUCUAGCGCCGACGAUCCGACGUGGAACCAAUGUCCGGUUAACAAUGGCUACUCUUCGUUGAUUGUUCCGUGCCACAAGAGAAGCGAGUUCAGUGAUGCUGAAAUGGCUGCAGUGAACAAGCCCAAAGGAAGCGAGUGGGUGACGAUGUGGCUGAAAGACGAAUUCGCUGUCGGGGACUCAUCAGGAUUCGAUGAGCUCUUGUUGAUUCCUAUUCUUCUCGUGGUGGCUGCUGCAAUGGGGAUGGGCUGGUUCUGCUGGAAACGGCAUGCGAUGCUGAAGAGAGAGCAGUCUUCUUCUUGUUGCGAUUUUGACGUGGUUUCUCCAAACUACUUGGGUGUAGUAGCACACGAGCAAGCUCGUCGAGGGACGGUGGCGACGACAAGCUACGGGCCGUCCAUUUCUAGUCACCAAGGCGACUACGAGAGUGCAGGCUCCAACCAAACGUUCAAGAUCUUGCUGCAUAGUCAGCACCUUCUUGGAAAUCGAAUCCCGUACGAAAGUCUCUCGUUCCAGAUGGAAUUAUCCAAAGGAGCUUCAGGAGAAGCUUGGAUUUGCCAAUACGGAGGCCAACCGGUUGCAGUCAAGAAGCUACUGCACACUAAAGACCAGAAGGCAGACGACGUGCAAGCGUUCGCAGAAGAGAUUGAGUUGACGGCCAGUCUGAUUCAUCCUCACAUUGUCAAGUUCAUUGGCGUGGCUUGGAAUAGUCUCAGCAACUUGUCAAUGGUGCUGGAAUUUGUGUCGGAAGGAGAUCUCCAGGGCUUUUUGCACAAAAACUCCGAUGUCUUGUCGUGGGCGGGAGAUCGAAUCUACAUGGCUGUCGCCGUGGCCGAAGCGCUGGAGUAUCUGCACUCUCGAAGCCCCGCAAUUAUCCAUCGGGAUCUCAAGUCGAACAAUAUCCUUUUAACGGAAGAUCUCGACCCGAAACUCAUCGACUUUGGAGUAAGUCGCGGCGUGAUGGAUCUCACGAUGACAGCGGGUGUGGGUACUCCGUACUGGACGGCGCCAGAGGUUCUGGAGGGAGCUCGAUACUCUGAGGAGGCAGAUAUCUACUCGUUCGGGGUGGUCUUGUCGGAGCUCGACACGGGACGGAUCCCGUACUUUGACACAGUGGACCACGAUGGAGCAAAGUUAAUGCCCUUCCAAAUCCUACAAGAAGUCAUGGCUGGCACGUUGCGACCAAGUUUCUCGGUAGAUUGCCCGCCCAGAAUUCAGCGAAUUGCUGCAGCGUGCCUCUCGUUCGACCCUUCCGACCGACCAACAGCGCAAGAGUUAAUCCAGUGGCUUGAAGGUUGA